AUUGGAAUAUUGCAACAGCCGAUAGGAACAUUGCAAAUUCCCUCAAGGCAUUAAUUUGCAAAGAGUUUUUCAAAUUUGCAAAGCUAAUAAGGAAAAUUCCAAAUGAGUUAGGAAGUCAAAAGAGGAACGCUUCACAUAGUUUAUCUGUAAGCCAAAAAUAAAACGGGCAUGUUCACAGAUUGUUUCGUUUCAUUUGCUCACCAGAGAUUGUGGUUGAAAAAUGUCGUAGGGCAAAUGAGAGAAAACACAAACAAGUCAUUUUUUUUCACUUCAACCUCAUUCAAUCUUUUAGUUCCCCACAUUUGGUUGAAGUUCGUGAGAGGAUUCGCAUCAAUGGAAAUUUAAUUUCCAAACAGGAAUUUGCUCGAUAUUUCUGGGAAUGUUGGGAUAACUUGAAACAGGUACAGUGUACUCAAUAUAUUUUAACCCAUUAAGCACCAGUGCUCUCCCCUUGACAAGUAAAAUCAUCUGGCAUUAGACAGAGUAAAUUAAUAAAGUAGGGCGCAAUGCGACUCGAUGGGUUAACUAGACACAUGGGCAGAUUGGCCAGUUAAGGCCAUUAAGCCCUAGCACUCUCCCCUUGACAAGUAACAUUGUCUGGUGUUAGACAGAGUAAAAUAAUAAAGUAGAGCAUAUCAAGGUGCAAUGCAACUCAGUGGGUUAAACUUUGAGUGUUGAACUUCUGAGUUUGUACACUAAGGGUGCAGUGCUGUUCAUAUAUGUGCAUGCGUACAUUUGGUAUUGAAAUAUAGCAAGCUUGAUCAUGCUACGUACUUAAUAAUUUAUUUUACUCUGGAAGCAGGAAAAUAUGCCGCGGUGAGAACUUAUAAGGCUAUUGCCAUAUAUUCUUUUGUCAAUUUUUCAGGGCAUUGGUGAUGAGAUGCCACCAUAUUUUGUUUUUCUCACUCUCAUGUCAUUUUACAUCUUUUUACAAGAAAAGGUAAUCUUUAUGUGAUAUGUGAAAAAACAUUAACUGCAAAAUAUGAUCAUGAACAAAAUUACUCGCUUUAGGUUGAUGUUGCAAUCGUUGAAGUGGGAAUUGGUGGAGCUUUUGAUACAACCAAUAUAUUAAGGUAACUUUGAUUCUAACCUUGCUUUAACUAUAAUUGCAUUUUCUAGUACGGUAUUUAUAAUUAAUACAAGAGAGUCUGGAUGGGGUUAACUGACUGUUUUUUGACUGACAGAAUAUCUUCAUGCAGAGGUAUUUUGGAACUGACAAAAUGUUGUUUUCACCGCCUAUAUAUAAAUAACCUCUAAGAAGAAGUAUUUUGUUUCUCAGACGACCUUGGGCAUGCGGUGUGACGUCGCUGGGUCAUGAUCACGUGGCUGUGUUGGGUGGGACUACGGAAAGCAUUGCAUGGAACAAAGCUGGCAUUUUUAAGGUAAUCAAUUCAUGGUAACAGUAAGCAAUAUUCGAGUUAGUAGAUGGUAAUCCAGUAGGAGGAAGAAUAUGGAAAUACAUCUCUCUUUUCAUUUUUAUUCCCUUCAAAUUUUUUGACUCUCACAUUUAAAUGAAUUUUUUUACUCUUUGUGUACUGAAGAGCUAACAUUAUUUCUCACUGUGAUCAGGUUGAACACUAAUUUCUGCUGUCUAUAGUAAAACUGCGUAUUGUUGCUGCCUAAUUUUACUCUAGAGCAUUUUGGUUAACUUUUAGUGUGGUGUCCCGGCUUUCACAGUGCCCCAGGAUGACAUAUCUACCCGGGUGUUGGCACAGAGAGCUAAAGAAUUGAAGGUAUCUUUAUAAAUAUGAUCGAUAAGUCUAAUAUGUUUCAGCUAACUUUUGUUUUUCCCCUACUCCCUAGGCUCCGCUGAAAGUUGUUCCUGAAAUGUGCAGUUAUCCAGGAGAAACAGUAAUCAGUAUGUAGGAAUUUACUUGUUGCUAAAAUGUCCAUACACAGUAAUAUUAAUUAAUUGCGACAGAUAAAAUGACACCGGCUGCUUCCAUUUUUACAGCUUUGGGUAUUGAAGGCCGCCAUCAAUUUCAAAAUGCGUCUCUGGCUGUGCAACUGUGUAGCGUUUGGUUAGAACGAUAUAGAAAAGGUUUGUUCUCUGUGAUUACAGUGAAAUAUUGAAUAAGUUGUGCUUCAUGAACACGCUAUGUUUAAUAUUGCAGAGAUGAAUGGUGAUGAUGAUUCUAGUUGUUCUGAAAGAGCAGAGAUAAUGGACAAUCAGUCUGAUGACCUCAUUCCGUUGGCCGAUGCAUUUCCAAUAAACCCGACUUUUAAAAAUGGUAGGUAUAAAGUGAGAACCGGGUCGGAAAUGAGAGAUAUUAAGAAAUUUUCAUGUCGUUCUGACCAAAAAUACGACAGCUAUGAUAAGUCUUCAUUGGCUCGUUUGCAUUCCAGAAAGUUUUUCAUACUUUUUUGCCCAAUAAAGAUUUUAAAUCUUGUUCUUUGACUUCUUUUCAACAUUUCUAUAGCUCUGACGAGAACAUACUGGCCCGGGAGAUCACACUGCAUUAAACGAAAGAACUAUACAUUAUAUCUGGAUGGAGCUCACACGCCCAAGAGUAUCAACGUAAGGCCUCACUCUCUUGCAAUGUCUUGUCAGUGAAGCUGGCAAUGUGAUCCUAUUUAAGCUGUAGUAAAGUUAUUGUUACUGUCUCUCAUUACAAUUCAAUUUGAAUGACAUGUUGUAGGCGUGUUCUGCAUGGUUCCGCACGAGAGCUGAUGAAGAGAAACAGAAUUUAAAGUACAUGGAACUUUUAACUUUAUUAUUUUCAUGAUAUAUUUUACAAUGGCUAUGACUUACUAAUGUUUCAUUUCCAGUGCACAAAAUGUAGCGCGAGUGUUGAUAUUCAACUGCACUGGUGAACGAGACGCACGGAAACUUCUGGCUCCUCUUGUGGUAAGGCAAUGUUUGCAACAUGGUUCUUUUCACUGAAUUUGCGCAAUAAUCCAAUUGCUUACGGGGUUUUUUUGUUGUUGUUUUUUUUAAUUUAAACAUCUUUGAAAUCAUUUUCUCCAAGAGCUGAAGCACAUCGAGGGAGAUCAUGCUUACGUAUUUGUAGUACAUUUCAAUUUCUUCUUUAUUUUUCAGUCAUGUGACUUUGAUUACGCUGUGUUUUGCACCAACUCGGUCACGGAAGAACUGGGGAGGAAAAGUUCAGGUAAAAAAGCCCCCAUGUCAUUCUUUAUGCUGUCUUUGCUAACAAAAGUUUCCUAAAAGAUUAAAUAAAAUUCUCCUGUCCUUACUCUUGAUAAAAAGCAUACACAACACCCACGGCAAAAACACUGCCAUUCUCAAAAGAUUCCGAAAUGAUCUCAUCAAAUUCAGUAUUCAAUAAACAGCGACUAGCUUGCAGAAAUGUCUGACCAGAUUUCGAACCAACAGUUACAACACAUACAAUCUUAUAUCGUGGCAUAUGAAGCAACUUCACUUGAGCUUUAAUUUGCUCGCUCGUCAUCAUUGCUAACAUAUUACAAUGAUCCGCGUCAUACGAUUCUUCCCAGAGAUUGCGUCGUAAUACAUCACAAAUAAUCUGCCGUAUUUUUCGACAUUCCACGGUACACUCCGGUUUUAAUUGCCUUGUAUUCGGCAAUUUUCUUGCUCGAUUUUGCCUGAAUUGAACUCCGUGUUUUCUGUCAUUGCUGUCGCUCGAACUGUCACUGCUAUUUCUGCCAUUUUUCUUGUAGUAAUAGUUACCAAAACCUUCCAUUAGUAUCUCUGAAACGUCCACGUGAUAUGUAAAACAGUUUUGAUCAGUUUAUUAAUUUCUUAAACGAAAUAGCUUGGAAUAGUUGCUUCUUAGUUGAAAGUAGAAAGUUUUGCUAAUCAAAGCAGUGUGCACACAGAACAUGCCAACCACAGUUUACAAGUACCUGCUCUCGCAUAGCAACGCUUCAUACUUUGCUGUGCAGGUGCGUUUGUGAUUGUCUCCAGAAAAGCACGAAUAUAAAUCAUUCAUGAGAAAACACAAGGGAAAUCAUGAAGAUGAUGACAUCCAAGACAAAAUCCUGCUGGUUUAAAGAAACAAGUUCCUUUUUCUCACUCAAAUAUCAUUCGUGUCUUUGAGAUUAUUGAAGAUAUUUUCAUAAAGACGAAUCUUGUAUAGCAUUCACAUGAUCAGACUAACGAGGGUCCCCCAGAGGGGGUCAGUGUUACCAUGUUCACUUGAAGUGUUUUCCUUUGACAAAGAUUUCCCCAAGCUUGCAUGUUCGCUGCUUGUCCCUUAUGAUAUUUUUUGCUUUUUUCCCGUCUUCCCAUUGUGAAGAAUGGAAAGUGAGAAAUACGUUUCUUUCAUUCUGUCCACCUUAGAUCUAUCAGACUUUACCGCCAGCCUGAGUUCAAAGUUGAAACGUUGCCAUGAAAAUCACGAGGCCUGGAAACUACUCACUGGGGGCACUGGUGCCUUGCCCUUGCGUGAUUUGGACAGAAGAUUGCGUGCUAACGCAAUGCAAAGUUCGUGCGUGUUUUCAUCCGUGUCAGACGCACUACAUUGUGUUCUCGCGGAACGCGAGCCAUCGCUGACUUUUAGUCCUGAACAUUCGCGCUUACCACGUGUUCUUUCGCAUGUAAAUCACGUGCAAGUUGUGGUAACUGGAAGUCUGCAUCUCGUAGGAGCAGCUAUGAAGGUUCUGGGACCAAGUAUUGUAGAAGUUUGAUCAUCUCUGGGAUAACCUGUUGUGAUGUUGAUUGUUUCAUAUAGCAAAGGCCUGGUUAUACAAGGCAUGAAGUAAUUGAUAAAUAUAUAUAUAUAUAUAUAUAUCGUGAGAAAUCCCAUCACUACCAUCAAUAGAAACAUUACUUUAGAAAAGAUUUAUUAAAGUGCUACUAACCUCAAAUAUGAUUUUUGGCCUACGAAAAUACGAAAUAUUUGGAUUCUAAGAGGAAAUGUAAUGUAUCUUUUUAUAUAAUACCUUAUUAAAUUCUGAUCGUUUAAUUGGCUGUUUAUGGUCACGUGAUAUUAAAUAGAAAAUUCCAUAUCCCAAGAGUGCAAUGGAAUACGUUCCAUUGCACUCUUUGCGAGUGCAAUUGUACUGUAUGUUUUAUUCCAUUCCACUCUUGUGUCUUCGAUAAAUAGCAUUUGUCAAAAUGCUAAAUAAAUUAUGUACGAAUCUAUUAGUCUAUUUUGGUAUUAUAUAAAACAAAUAAUGAAUGUUUUUAUACGUGCAAUGGUAAGAAUAUUUUCAUUCAGUGAAAGAUUGAAUGUUCCAUUCAACUCUGCUGUCACCUCGUUCAAUGUUACAUUCCAUCUUUCACCUCAUGAAAAUAUUCUUACCAUUGCACUCAUAAACAUUCAUUAUUUGUAUAAUAGUAAAAAACUCGUCUUGCUUGACUUUUUGGCUCAUGAAGCUGCAGAAUAUGAUGUCAUUUGGGGAAUUUUAGUUGGGAAAACUAAUUUGCAAGAUUCUUAACUUUUUUAUUAUAAAGAUAUAUUACAUUUCUUCUUAAAAUCACCCAAGUCACCAAGUGACCCAAAACGCAUACCAAAAAUCAUAUUUGGUGUUAGUUGCACAUAUACUAUGCAUCAUUUGUGAUGGAGUUCAUGUAAUAUAGCUGGUUGGUUGAAUUUCCAUGAAAGACAAUAUUACAAAUACUCGUCAAUAUACAAGGAAUAUUUCAUCAUCAUCAUCAUCAUACAGAAGGAAGAUUCAUAUAUCAUACAGUAAUAAAUAUACUAAUAUCUAUCAUAUUCGUUUUGUUCAUUUAUAUGUUCACUAGAUUGCCAAAUUACUCUGUGGUUGUAUUUUGAGCAGCCUCUUCUAGUUCACAAAUGAUAUUUUCCCACUCUUGAAAUUGUCUUGAUAGACUGUUGAUCUGCACAAAAUUGUCAAGA